GAGAGCUGGAGCGCCAGCGCGCAGGAAAGAGAGGGAGACACGCUAUUGACAAAGCAGAGCCUGAAAGGGAGAGGAGGGGAGAAGGAGGUGUCGGACCUGCUCCACUGGGACACGGCUGCAGUUCGCUCCAAAGUGCUUUCGGCUCACAAAAACGGGACUCGUCAGUGGUAAAAUGCUCAAUAAGGCACCGAGCUGCGCCGUCUAGCUGUCACCGAGCUCAGCCGGGAUCCGCCGCGGCGUCUGCCCCGCUUGUAGGAAAACUCCGCUUACCGAGAAAACAGGGAGUAAAGAAAGAUUCGUGGAGAGUAUGCGCAGCGUCUUGGCGCAAAACGCCUGGAUUAUUUGAUUGAGGCUUUGGACGAAUGUUUGUAGCUAGCGUCACCAACCCCGGCGAGCCAAGUGUUUCUGUUUUAAGUCUCCGUUGAAGCUCUCAGGAGGCUCGCGCAUCACACACUGGCACCUCUGUCUGGGUCCUCCAGCUGGUUUUCCGUAGCUUCGAUCAUGGCGGACCAAGAAGAGACUUUUGUCCUCCAAAGCUCCCCGAGUGGUUCGGAUUCGCGAGAAUUACAGACUGAGAGCAAAUCAGAAAAACAGAACGGGUCAUCAAGCAAAUCGCCAUCAUCCCAGACCACGUACAUCCAGCAGGGAAUGGAGGGAAUAAAAGUCUACCUGCACGAAAGGGAACUGUGGAUGAAGUUUCAUGAGGUUGGCACCGAGAUGAUCAUAACCAAAGCGGGACGGAGAAUGUUCCCCAGCUUCAAAGUGAAAGUCACGGGAUUAAACCCCAAAACUAAAUAUAUUCUCCUGAUGGAUGUUGUUCCUGCGGAUGACCAUCGAUACAAAUUCGCUGACAAUAAAUGGUCUGUGACCGGAAAAGCAGAGCCGGCCAUGCCCGGGAGGCUCUACGUCCACCCGGACUCUCCGGCCACGGGCGCGCACUGGAUGAGGCAGCUGGUCUCCUUCCAGAAGCUGAAGCUCACCAACAACCACCUGGACCCGUUCGGACACAUCAUCCUAAAUUCGAUGCACAAGUAUCAGCCGAGGAUCCACAUUGUGAAAGCGGAUGAAAAUAACGGCUUCGGCUCCAAAAACACAGCCUUCUGCACGCACGUCUUCCCGGAGACUUCUUUCAUUGCUGUCACAUCCUAUCAGAACCACAAGAUCACACAGCUGAAGAUUGAAAACAACCCGUUUGCAAAAGGCUUUCGUGGAAGCGAUGAUAUGGAAUUACACCGGAUGUCCAGAAUGCAAAGUACAAAGGAGUACCCAGUAGUACCUCGAAGUACUGUGCGACAAAGAGUCGGAUCCAGCCAGAGUCCAUUCAGUGGGGACAUCCAAGGAAUGGCCACACCCAGCACCCUGAGCUCUCAGUACUCCCAGUGUGAGAACGGGGUCACAAGCACCUCACAGGACAUGCUGCCGCAGUCCGGCUCCUACCCUCUGCCCCAUGAGCACAGCCAAGAGUACCACUGCAUCAAGAGGAAAGUGGAGGAUGACUGUCACUCAGGUGAGCACAGCUAUAAGAAAGCCUACCUGGAGAGCUCUUCCAGCGAGGAGGACCAUUACUACCGGCCAGUUGGCUACGCCCAGAGCCUUAGCCUGGCCAGUGGGCCCUACCGUAGUGAAUCCAGCCAGCGGCAGGCCUGUAUGUAUGCCAGCGCCUCGCAGGGCGCUGAACCUGUUCCCAGCUUGGAGGACAUCAGCUGCAACACCUGGGCCAGCGUCUCGCCUUAUGGCAGCUGUUCUGUCACCACCAUGCAACCGAUGGAGAGGCUGCCCUACCAGCACUUCUCUGCUCACUUCACCUCGGGCUCCCUGGUGUCCAGACUAGGUGGGGUGGGAGGCCACGCCUCUCCCCAACUGGCUGAUGGCCACCAUGCAGCGAUGUACCAGAGCUCCAUGACCCACCAGACGCUGGGCCGCCAGUGCAGUCCUGGGGCUGGAAUCCAGUCACCGACAGCUGGCCUGCAGGGAAACGAGUACAUCUAUACACACGGCAUACCGCGCACACUAUCACCACAUCAGUACCACUCUGUGCACAGUGUCAGCAUCAUGCCAGAAUGGAGUGAGAACAGCUAA